UAUGAGCCGUACAUGCAUCUCUAAACCAUCGAAUAUAAACCGUCUUCAAGUCGAACAACCAGUUUUGAAACCAUAAUCCAUUUCCUUUUCAUUCGUAAUAAGGAAACCCAUAGUGUGAAAAUGAGAAGAUAAACAUCCCAUCAGCCCACGUUUUCCUGUCUACAGUCUAAAUCACUCUCUCUGACCUACCUUUGUAUGUCUGACCCUCACUUAACCUAUCAAAAAGGAUUUCCGAGACUCUCUCCCACCCCAUCGCCAUUAAAGACAUUUUCAAAUGCCCAAAAACAGCAAAACCGUCAAGAGAGAGAUUGACGAUGACGACGUUACGGAAUCAGUCAAAGAUUUGCUCUCCAAUGAAGACAGUUGUGAUGACUCUUUCAAGAAGAGCUCUCUAAUGGUAGGAGAUGUUCCUCAGAAUAAGCAGAAGGAUGUUGAGGAGGGAUCUGAGGAGGAGGAGGAGGAGGAAGAGGAGGAGAGACCCGCCUGGGGAAGCAAACUCCAGUACAUCCUGGCCCAAGUGGGUUUCUCCGUAGGCCUGGGCAAUGUCUGGAGGUUCCCCUACUUGUGCCAGAAAAAUGGUGGCGGAGCAUAUCUGGUUCCCUACCUGAUUCUUCUGAUUUUGAUUGGGAUUCCCCUCUUCUUCCUGGAGCUGGCAGUGGGUCAGCGCAUCCGUCGGGGCAGCAUCGGUGUCUGGAACUACAUUAGCCCACAUCUGGGUGGCAUCGGCUUCGCCAGCUGUUUGGUGUGCUUUUUUGUGGCGCUCUACUACAAUGUCAUCAUUGGCUGGAGUCUCUUCUACUUCUCACAGUCUUUCCAGCAGCCUCUUCCCUGGCAUGAGUGUCCCCUGGUCAAAAAUAAAACAAAUACAUAUGUUGAACCAGAGUGUGAAAAGAGUUCGGCCACGACCUACUACUGGUAUCGUGUGGCUCUGGACAUCUCUGACUCCAUCUCAGAGGGUGGAGGACUCAAUUGGAGGAUGACUUUGUGUCUGUUGGCAGCCUGGACCAUGGUGUGCCUCGCUAUGAUCAAGGGUAUCCAGUCAUCUGGAAAGGUGAUGUACUUCAGCUCUCUGUUCCCUUACGUGGUGCUUAUUUGUUUCCUGGCUCGUGCUUUCCUGCUUAAGGGUUCUGUGGAUGGCAUCAUCCACAUGUUUACCCCCAAGCUGGAAAUCAUGCUGGAGCCUAAAGUGUGGCGUGAAGCUGCGACGCAGGUCUUUUUUGCCCUGGGACUCGGCUUCGGUGGUGUUAUCGCCUUCUCCAGCUACAACAAACGAGACAACAACUGCCACUUCGAUGCAGUGCUGGUUUCCUUCAUUAACUUCUUCACCUCAGUGUUGGCCACUCUAGUCGUGUUUGCUGUGCUGGGCUUCAAAGCCAACAUCAUGAAUGCCAAAUGUGUGGAAAUGAACACAAAGAAGAUCAUUGGUUUCCUUGGCAAAGAGAUCAAUCCAGGCUUGAUCCCACACCAUAUUAACUUCAGUCAGGUUAGCCCUGAGGACUACCAGCAAAUGACCAACAUUAUCCGGGGCGUGAUGGAAAACGAUUACCCACGCCUAGGCUUAGACAACUGUGAUAUUAAAGAGGAGCUGAACAAGGCGGUGCAGGGCACAGGCUUGGCCUUCAUCGCCUUUACUGAAGCCAUGACCCAUUUCCCAGCCUCGCCUUUUUGGUCUGUUAUGUUCUUCCUAAUGCUGGUCAAUCUGGGGCUGGGCAGCAUGUUUGGCACUAUCCAGGGCAUCCUCACACUUGUGGACACCUUUAAAGUACGAAAGGAAUACCUCACAGUUGGCUGCUGUGUACUUGUUUUUAUUGGUUUGACAUUUGUCCAGCGAUCAGGGAACUACUUCGUGGCCAUGUUUGACGAUUAUUCAGCCACUCUGCCUCUCCUCAUCGUUGUUCUGCUGGAGAAUAUCGCUGUGGCCUGGGUUUACGGCACUGACAAGUUCUUUGAGGAUCUGAAGGACAUGCUUGGUUUUACACCGUACCGCUAUUAUUACUAUAUGUGGAAGUUUGUGACUCCAGUGCCGCUGGGGCUCCUGGCCGCAAGCGUCAUUCAGCUGGGACUGGUGCCUCCUAGCUACAGUGCGUGGAAACCAGCAGCUCAAGAGCAGUCUCUCAGUUAUCCGCCUUGGGGUCUUGCUGUCUGCAUCUCUCUGGUCACCGCUAUCCUCCCUGUGCCCGUGGUUUUCAUUCUGCGCUGGCUGAACAUCAUCGACGAGAACACCGGAGGCCUGUCCACAGUCUCCUAUAAAAAGGGGCGCAUUAUAAAAGACACGGCUUGCAGGACCAGAGAAGACGACGAGGAUGACGCAAGUCUUCUGAACACGAAGACACCGAGCGAGGCCCCGUCGCCAAUGCCGGCCACCCAACUACCGAAAGCAUAG